AUGCUUGGUUCUUUCUCCCAGCUGGCCAACAUCACCAACGCAACCCACGCCCACUUGACCCCUGCAUUCUCUGCUGGUGUCUCCCGAAAGACCUGCAAGACGCUCGAGGUCAUCACCAUGAUCGGUGAGAAGUUGACCCAGUCCGUUGCCGAUGACUGGGGCACAGACAUGCGCGCAUAUAAUACGUACGGUCCGGCCGAAGCCACCGUCGUCUCGACACUGCGCGAAUUCGGCAACGAGUCGAAGAAUAUCAAGAGUGCUAACAUCGGUUGGCCCCUCGACACCGUCUCCGUCUUUGUCACCCGCAACCAGAAGCAGGUGAUGAAGAACGCCGUUGGUGAACUCGCCCUGGGUGGUCCCCAGCUUUCCCCUGGCUACCUGAACCAGGACGACGUCACCCAAGCCAAGUACGUCUGGAACGAGGAGGCUUCCCAACGAGUGUAUUACACCGGUGACUUGGUUCGAAUGCUUGCUGAUGGCUCACUCGAGUACAUUAAUCGUGUCGACGACCUUGUCAAGCUCGGUGGUAUUCGCGUCGAACUGAGUGAGAUCAGCUACUCGCUUGGCGAAUGCCACCCGCUCGUCGAAAAUAUCGAGACUUGCAUCAUCAAUCGUCCUGACAGACCUGCCAAGGUGGUUGUUACGUUCCUCUCCGCUCCUGGAGCCGUCUUGGAGGAUGACAAGGAUCUGUUGUUGCUCAGCGAUGUUGCCGUCGAGAUUGCCCGUGCUGCUAGCGAGCAGGCCCAAUCGGUUCUUCCUGACCACAUGAUCCCGUCUGUUUAUCUCGUUGUCGGCAGCAUUCCCCAAACCCAGUCGGCCAAAACCGAUCGUCGUACAUUGCAAGCUGCAUAUGCCUCUGUCGAUAUUGAAGACUGGGAGACCAGAAUGAACCCCGGGAACGGUUUGACUGACAACAUGGUUGACAACCAAGGCAACGCUACUACUGUAUCUCAGAUCGUCGAGACCAUCUCCGCUCUUGCCAACAUUUCGACCUCGAUCAUUACGAAGAGCAGCAGACUCGGAAGUCUCGGUAUCGACUCUAUCCACGCCAUUCGACUUGCUUCCCGACUCAAUGAGGCUGGAUAUCGCCUUUCCGUUGUCGAUGUGCUCCACUGUGUUACUGUCCAGGACCUUGUUAACUUGGCCUCUGCCUCGACUGAUAUCAGCAGAGUCGUCGUCGAUGCUUUUGAUGUCGAGGAGUUCAACCAGCGCUGGAUCGAAUCAGUCAAAUCCAAGGUCAAGGAUGAACUGUCCGUUGUCAAGGCAACUACGAUUCAGGAAAGCUUGCUGAGUGAGACUAUGGGUACUUACAACAUGUACUGGAGCAACCACUUCGUCUCGCUCGACUCGGCUGUCGACCUCACCCGCCUCAGGCAAGCUUGGUUCGCGGUCAGCCAAAAGGCUGAGGCCUUGCGAACUGGUUUCAUCCCUGUCGCAGAAAUCAGCAACGUUAAUGCUCAAGACAACUUCGACUUCUCUCUCUUGCAACUGCUCUACGCGUACCCUCUUGUCGACUGGGAGAGCAUCGAGUGCACUGAUGCGGACUGGAGGGAAACUCUUGACACUCGUCUCGAGGCAGUCAUGAGCAAGCACCAGGCAAACUACUUCAGAAACCCGCCUUGGGCCGUUACCGUUUUGGCCAAGGGCAGCGAGCGCAUCAUGGUUUUCACUGUCCACCACUCCAUCUACGAUGGUCCGUCUCUUGAGUUCAUCAUGGACGAUGUCCGCUCGGCUUACGGCUACAAGCCUCCCACUCGAAACCAGAUGCGUGAUGCUCUUUCCGUUGUUCUCCCGACCGACAAGCGAAGUGCGGAGACCCGCGACUUCUGGCAGACUGAGCUUGAGAAGUUCUCUCAGAUCGAAGCUCCCGUCUGGCCAGACCUGACUGGGAAGCGUGUCGCUCCUGGCACUGAGCCGGAGCACAAGUUUAUCACUGCGGAGAUUCUGUUGACCGAGCCAGUUGGCAAGCUUCAGUCCGCUGCUAGCCAACUCGGCGUUUCCUCCAUCGCUUCGAUCGUCCGUGCUGCGUGGGGUUGUGUCUGUCUCGCCUAUUUCGGAACCCCAGCCGCUGUUUUCGCCGAAACACUGUCUGACCGUGUUUUGGACGCGACUCUCGAAAACUGCAUUGGUCCCCUCCUUUCAGUUGUUCCGGUUCCCUUCCACCAUCAGGGAACGGCCCGUGAACUCCUUGCCGAGCAGCACCGGAUCUCCGUCCAAUCGUGGAAGCACCGCCAUAUCCAUGCGCGCGAGGUCCGGAAGAUGCUCAAGCGGGCUCGUGGUGGGCCUUUGUAUCCCGCUAUCUUCACCUUCCACAUCACAGACCAGCAGCCGGCCGGCAACACCUCUGAACUCGACAUCUGGAAUGCCAUCGAGGACCCGAUCGGUUUGCACGUCGAACAUCCCAUGGCUGUCAAUGUGUUCCAACGACCGGAUGGUGCUCUCAUGGUCGAAGCAUCUGCCGACAGCGCGAUCAUCAGCGAAGAGCAGCUGUCGAUUUUCGCUCGCCAGAUCGACGCCUUUGUCAGUGCAAUGAUUGCCCAUCCUGACGAGCCGGUCACGCAACUUGUACAGCACUUCCCAAGAGACUUGCUCGCUGUUUCGAACCAAGUGGUGAGCCAAGAUGUCAAGAACUCGGUCAAACUCAGCCCGACGCAUUGGCUGGAGCAGUACGCCAAAACCAAUCCUGACUGGACUGCCGUCGAGGCGGCCACGGCCAUCAGCGAAGACGGUAUUGAGAAAGAGGGCAUGUCUUUCGGUGAACUCAAUACCGCUGCGAACCGGGUGGCUGCGUUUAUCGCAUCUCAGGGCCACAAGAACCGAAUGAUCGCUAUUUGUGCCGGUCGAAACCUUGCUUCGUACCCCGUCACCAUUGGUAUCUACAAGUCUGGCAAUGCUUACCUUCCCAUCGACGAGAACCUCCCCAACGACCGCAAGGCAUUCUUGGUCGAGGAUGGUGAAUCGCCAAUCGUCUUCACCGAGUCGUCCUUUGCUGCGACGUUCGCUGAUGUGCCUGAGUCCUGCCGAGUGAUCUGUAUCGAUGACCCGUCCUUCCAAGAGACUGUGGCGUCGAUGCCAUCCGAGGAUACCGACUAUGAAUCCCACCCCGACGACCUGUCCUACCUGCUCUACACUUCGGGUUCGACCGGUAAGCCUAAGGGUGUCAUGAUCACCCGAGGCAACCUUUCCUCGUUCAUCGAGUCGCUCUCCGAGUUCAUCUGCGACAUCUCUCCCGAGACCAUGAACCUCGGUGGAAAGGGUAGAUGGAUUGCCCAAGCCAGUCGCGCCUUCGACCCUCACAUUGUGGAGAUGUUCUUCCCAUGGCGCCACGGAAUGGCGACCGUGACUGGACCCCGGAUGAUGCUCCUGGACAACUUGCAAUUGACCAUGUCCAAGUGGGAGAUCACGCACGGCAGUCUUGUCCCAUCUGUCCUUGACCAGACCAACACCCUCCCCGAGGAUUGUCCCAGCAUGGUCUACCUCAGUGUCGGAGGUGAGAAGAUCUCCCAGAAGGUCUUGGAUACAUGGGGUCUCUCGCCGAAUGUUGCCCUCGCCAAUGCCUACGGUCCCACCGAGGUGACCAUUGGAUGUACUUUCGCCCACGUCAAGCCGGAUACCAACCUUCGUAACAUCGGACCCCCACUGACUGCCUGUACCGGUCACGUCUUCCUCCCGGGUACCAUGACCUAUGCUCUUCGCGGCCAGACUGGUGAACUGUGUUUCUCGGGAGAUAUUGUCGGUAGGGGCUACCUAAACCGUCCUGAUGCGAAGGGAUAUGCCGCUGGUCCUGAUGGUGAAAAGAUGUACAGGACUGGUGAUAUUGGUCGUUUGAUGCCCGAUGACUCCGUUGAGUACCUUGGACGUGGUGACGACCAGACAAAGAUCCGUGGUCAGCGUUUGGAACUUGGUGAGGUUUCGGAGGUUCUGCGCGCGUCCUCGACAAUUGAAAUCGAUGUGGCCACGACUGUUGUUCAGCACCCUGGUAUCUCGAGAGUUCAGCUCAUCUCUUUCGUCUCCCGCUCGAACUCCGUCAAGUCUCGAUCGAAGGCUGGACUGGGUGAGAAGGGCUACGAGGUAACUCUCCUUCAGUCGGACAUUGCAACCCUCGGCAAGGAACUUCAGGAGGCUUGCGCGAAGAAGGUGCCGUCUUACAUGGUUCCGGAGAUCGUUCUGCCAGUGACAUUCAUCCCGCUUGCCGCUAUGUCCGGAAAGGUCGACAUGAAACCGCUCCACGCCAUCUUCGCCAACCUGCCGCUCCCUGCUGUGCUCCGAGGAAACAAUGCUGGGGCCGUUGAUGGAUCUGCUUUCGCUGACCGCCCUCUCAACGAUGACGAACGGGCUGUCGUUAACGAAAUCUGCACCGUUGUCUCGACCGAUUCUUCUAUUAUCGGACCUAUGACCAAUAUUUUUGAAGUUGGUAUCGACAGUUUGAGCGCUAUUAACCUUUCCGUCAAGCUUCGCAACAUUGGCUACGAUGCUUCUGUCGCCCGUGUCAUGAGCAACCCUGUCGUUGAGCAACUCGCACGCUUGCCGAGAAGCACGAAUAAGGCCAAUAGCAACGCUGCUGCUGAUGAGCUGCGCCAGAAGCUCGAAGCUAUGGAUACCCAGUUCCGCCAGAACGCGCCCGAGGCAGUUGACUUGUCUCGUGUGGCUUCCGUCCGCCCCUGUCUGCCCCUGCAAGAAGGUCUGGUUGCCCGAUCGAUCAACAGUGAAGGGCUCCAGCUUUACGUCAACCACAUUGCUUUGCAGCUCGCGGAGUCUGUCGAUGCCGAUCAGCUGAAGAACACCUGGCAGACUGCUGCUACCGAUAAUGAAAUUCUGCGUACCGCAUUCGCUGCUCUGGACCAGGAGAUGGUGCAGGUUCUCUUCUCCGCGGACUCGUAUGAGAUCCGAUGGGAGGAAGAGGAAGCCGCAAACCUGGACGAAGCUGUCGCAGUCCUCAACGCGCAGCAAGAGUCCCUCUCCCAGCACAUUAUCUCCAACAUUUCCGCUGUUCCGCCUGUGCGAUUUGUUCUGAUCAAGUCUUCCUCUACAAAGCAGCCUCUGCUCCUUGACAUCUCGAUCCACCAUGCUCUCUACGAUGGUGAAUCGUUCUCAAUGCUGAUUGAGGAAAUUGCUGCCCGUUACGCCAACGACUCGGUUCCUGAGAGAGGCUCACCAUCUGCUUUUAUUGAGCACGUCUACUCUCAGGACUUGGAGAAGGCUAAGCAGCACUGGACGACUGCGCUCGCUGGAUGCCAUCCCACGCUCUUCCGAUCGGAUUCGGAUGUUUUGGAGACAUCCAACGCUCACCGGUCGCUCCGGAGCAAGCUCUCGCAUUUGGAACGCUGCUCGGCAGCUCUUAAAACUACCGUGCCUUCCCUCGUGCAGGCUAUCUUUGGUCUUCUUUUGGCUGACCUGGUGAACGCUGGUGAUGUUACCUACGGUACUGUGCUGUCCGGUAGGGCAGUCUCGGUGCCGGGCGCUGAUUCUGUUCUUCUUCCCUGCAUCACGACAAUCCCCGGCCGUCUCGACACCACCGGCCUGACCACCGUCAACGAAAUUGUCGCGACCGUCCAGAAAUCGGCCGUCAAGUCUCUCGAGUUCCAGCAUACUUCCCUCCGUCACAUUCAACGCUGGCUCAAGUCUGAGACGCCUCUCUUCGACUGCCUGUUCUCGUUCAUCCGAAGCACGAAGCCAUCCAAGUACGACUUCUGGAGUGAGCUUGAAAGCCAUAUGCCCGCCGACUACCCGUUCGCCAUUGAGGCUGAGGCCGAUUCGGCAGCGGACGUUGUCCACCUCAACUGCCGCUUCUCGACGUCGUUCGGUGCUGCUUACAGCGCGGAGGAGUUCCUCGAGAAGAUGGACGCUGUCUUGUCAAGCGUCGUGGCUGGAGAAAAUGUCUCGUUGGAGAACUUCAAUCUUUUGCAGCCUCAGUCCGUUUCUUCGUCGACUGCCUCUGUCAAAUGGGAUGAAACCGCCUGGUCCGCUGAACAACUGCAGAUUCAGGAGAUGGUUGCCAGCUUCUGCGGUCUGGACAAGUCUGCCGUUUCCAAGGGCGCCUCUUUCUUGGCCCUUGGUAUCGAUUCCGUGACUGCCAUUCAAUUCUCUCGAAACCUGCGCGAUGCUGGGUUCAACGCUUCCUCGUCGGACGUCAUGAGAUUCUCUUGCGUGGGUGCGUUGGCUGCUCAGCUUUGCUCGCAGGAGACGAAGGAGGAAGACAAUUCUGCAACUCCGUCCGUUGACAUCAAUGCUUACCAGUCUCACGUCCCUGUCCUCGGACCAAACGACUCUAUUUCCGCCAUGUUCUCGUGCACUCCUUUGCAGUCCUCUAUGAUCACCGGAACCCUUGGCUCUGCCGGGGCUGUCUACAUCCAUCCGCACCCGGUUCGUCUUGCCGAUGAUGUGGACGUCCCUCGACUCAAGGAAUCGAUCAGCCGGAUUAUCCAAGCAAAUGAUAUCCUCCGGACGUCCUUCCACUCUAUCGAGGAGCUCGGAUAUGCCUGGGUUGGAGCCGUGCACACUAACCCAGCUCUGAACUGGCAUGAGAUUACUCUUCCCUCCACCGUCGACCCCUUGUCCGAGAUCUCUUUGAUGUUCCGCUUCGACAAGGAAACUUCCUUCGCAGUGCCCCCGAUCCGAUCUGUUUUGGUUACUCGUCCCACCGACAAGCUUCUGGUGAUCGUUAUGCACCACGCGCUGUACGACGGUGCUUCGUUGCCUUUCGUCUUCGAAGACCUCGCCAGAGCCUACCAGGAGGACACUAUUUUCGAGCGACCGCAGUUUUCUGACACCGUCAACUUCGUUCUCGACGGCCAAGAGCAGGCGACCGAAUUCUGGACCCAGAAACUCGUUGGCUAUGAAGUUACCGAGCUCCUUCGCCUUCCACCCUCCGAGUCGCAAGAUCAGAUGUUCAUGUCCGAACGUCGCGUUGAUCUUGACAUUGCGAACAUUAUCGAGGCCUGCAAAGCGAUGGAGGUCACUGUCCAAAGUGUGUCGCUCCUGGCAUACGCCAAGGUCUUGACGCAUCUUCUUGGCAAGCGAGAUGUUGUCUUCGGACAGGUUCUCGCCGGACGGUCUCUGCCAACACCCGAAGCAGAGAAGACGAUCGGUCCUUUGUUCAACACCGUCGCCCAGCGAGUCACCUUCGAGCCUAAGUUCUUGAGUAACAAGGCCAUGGCUCGUCGUCUGCAGCAACUAACCACUGACUCUCAAAUUUACCAGCACGCUCCUUUGAGAAAUGUUCAGAACCGCCUGAGACACAUCGACGGUCUGAAGUCCGCCUCGCUUUUCGACACUCUCUUCGUUUUCCAAAAGAGUGCUGAUAUCGAUACUUCUGUGCUUGACGGACAGCAAAUCUGGACGCCUUACAAUGCCGACGAUUACGCAGCACAAGCGGAACACAAGAUCAACAUCGAGAUCGACCACGCUCGGGACGGAAUUGUGGCCAGAGCUACUUGCAAUGGCGAGUAUCUGCCUCAAUCCAAGCUCGACGAAGCCCUUGACCUUUUCAGCUCCGUGUUCCAGGACAUUGUUGAGCACCCUACACGGUGCACGACCGUUAUCCCCGACGGACUGGGAGAGUUGCCGCUUCGACUUUCUCUGGAGGAGGUGAAGAGCCCCGAGGUUGAGCAGCGUGAGACGUCUAACGUCCCUGCCCAUGAGGGCCUUGUUCAAGAAAUUCUUGCCGACGCCGCUGGUGUUUCCACUGACAAUAUCGCUCCCGAUACGAGCAUUUUCAACAUUGGUCUGGACUCUCUUUCCGCGAUUCGCAUUGCCUCGAUCUGUCGCUCAAAGGGUUUGAAGGCCGGCGUCGCCGACAUCUUGCAAGGAAACACGCUCCGUGGUAUCAGCCAGCGUAUCCAGCCAACCUCCGCAUCGAACCCACAAGCUCAAGGCCCGCUUCUCCUUGACUACAACCGUAUCGAGUCUGCAGUGCUUGGACAACUUGGAUUGCAGAAGGACGCGGUUGAGACCAUUCUUCCUUGUCUUGGUGGACAGGUGUACCACUUGGCCAGCUGGAUCAAGUCCAACAGAACCCUGUUCGAGCCUGCCUGGUCGUACUUCAGCAACGAACGCAUUGACGAGGCGCGACUCGAGGAGGCCUGGUUCCAGCUCCGUCAACGCCACCCGAUUCUGAGAACCUGCUUCGCCGUCACUUCCCCAUCCGACGCUUACCAGGUCGUCAUGAAGCACGCCGAUAACGACACCUUUAAGGUCAUCAGCUCUCCUCUGAACAUCACCGAAGCUGCCAAGAAGCAAGCGACAGAAGAAGGGCUGCACCCGUCGUCCUUGUCCGUUCCGCCUGUCCGCCUCUGCCUCCUGAAGGCCAGCGACCGCGAUGGAAUCCAAGUCCUGAUCAACCACGCUGCCUACGAUGCCUGGACGAUGCCCAUGUUCGUUGCUGAACUUGCCAAGCUCUACCGCGGAGAGGCGCCUGAGACUAACCCCAACUUCCCGUCGUUUGUCGACUAUUCGGUGCGCUCUGUUCGUGGUCUCGACGAAUCGGCUUACUGGUCGUCUGUCGUUGGUUCCAGCACCCCAACCUUGAUCAAGGGUGGUCAAGCUUCCGGACCUGCGGAGCAGCUGUUCGUCGGUGCGUGGGAAAAAGUCAAGAACCUCGCGGAGAUGGAGGACGCCUGCCGCUCUUCAGGACUCGGUCUUCAAAGUGUUGUUCUGCUCGCCGUUUCGCGUUGCCUCGCUCGCUCGACUGGUGUCGACAGCCCGACAAUGGGAUUGUACCAGACCGGACGAUCCGCCUCCUUCACCGACAUCGAGCGUCUUUCUGGACCUUGCCUGAACGUUACUCCGUUCGUCGUCCCCAACGCAGAACAGUCGAGCACCGGAAUGCUUGAGAAGGCCCGCGACAUCCAGUCCUCCCUCGCCAAGCGUGUCAGCUACGAACAAAGCUCUCUGCGCGACAUCCUCACUCGCUGGGCCAGUACCAGGGGCACUCAAACGCCCCUCUUCAACGCCUGGGUCAACCUCCUCUGGAUGCAAGCACAGCCCCAGGCCAGCGACGAACUCUUUGAGCCUCUUCGCAUCGGUGUUCCGACGGACUUCAUCCCGUCGGAGCCUCUGCCUCCUGUGGAUGAGACGUCGACUUCGGUCGCUGCUUUGGAUACGUCAUACAUUCCUGAUGCGAAUGUCUACAUUGAUAUUGGUCCUGAUGUUAGUACGGACUCGAUUGGAUUCGGUGUGAGGGUUGAAGGUGGUCUUUUGACCGAGGGUGAGGUACAGGAGUUUGUGGGUGAGAUUGGAAAGGAGAUUGAGGGAAUUGUUUCUUCGGUGCGUUAG